AUGACGCGCCCCCAUCUCGCCUCGCUACCUCGCCUCCGCGCCCUCCGCUCUCUCCCUCUCCCUCUCCAUCUCUCCACUCCCACCCGCCCUCUACGCACGCCACCCCUCGCCCGCUCCCUCUCCUCCGCCUCUCGCGCCACCCCUACCCGCCUCCUCAUACCCGGCACGCUGCGCGCGCGCCGCCGUCUGUUGGCGGUGCUCGCCCUUCUUCCCCUGUUCUACUUUUUGCGCCCCGCGUCCCCGCUAAACCCCCAAGUCUACUCCGAGCAUCCCGUGGCGAGCGUAACCCCCGUGGGCCCAGCACACGUCGAGCUCGUCGUGCGCGUGCCCGAGUCCGAGCGCGCGCAGUUCGGCGCCGACGCUGUCGUCUUCUCGCCGUACGGCGUACCACCGCGCCCGCACGCGGCACCGUACGUACACACGGAAGGCGCCGCACCGCCCGGCACCGUCGUCGUCCAGCAUGUCAUGGUCAAGAACCCCGACCUCAUGAUUGAGCGUGCGUACACCCCCGUCAACGAUGUCGGCGCCGACGGCGAGAUGCGCCUCGUUGUGAAGCGCGUGCGCGGCGGCGAAGUUGGGAGACUAGUGCAUUCCCGGCAGGCCGGGGACAGCGUCGGCCUCCGCGGACCGGUCACGACCUUUGCCAUCGCGCCGCCCGACUACGACCGCAUCGUUAUGAUAUCAACGGGCACAGCCGUUGCGCCCUUCCUACAGCUCCUUGCAAAGGAUGUGCCCGGCACCACGCGCUACACCCUCCUCCACCAGACGCCGUAUGGCGGCCGCGAGGACUGGAGCGCAAAGUACAUUGCGCCCAUGGCCGCCAAGUGGGGUGACGCGCUGGACGUGCGCAGAAUCCAGCCGGGCGUCGUGCGGAAGGAGGACGUGGCCGCCGCACUGGAAGGUGCACAGCGGCCGCUUGUGCUCGUUUGCUUGCCUACUCCACUCAUGCGUCCGCUUUGCGGCACACUCGCUCCCACACUGCACCAGGGCCCGCUCGUGGGCUUGUUGCGCGAGAUGGGUCUUCGUCCCGACCAGGUGUGGAAGCUCGAGUAG